UUUAAUUUUUUACGCUACGUAGGAAGCCGAAAGUGUAACCAGGAGGGUGCUAACAUUAGACUCUCCACGCCGCCAUCGGCAAAUUAUUCAAUGCCAUGACCACGCAAGUAUGACGCGGGAAGGAAAGUAUCCGUACGCUGACGCGUCCCGCCGAGCUUGUUUCCUAUAUAAGUUUUCUUUGAGUAUACACACCUACAGCUCUCCUUGCAAAUCAUGUCUAACACAUCUCGUGUCUGGUUCAUCACCGGUACUUCCAGCGGGCUUGGUAAAGCCACUGUAGAAGUAAUCCUUGCGGCCGGCGAGCGCGUCGUUGCAACCGCUCGUAAACCAGAGGUUCUUGAUCAUCUUAAGGAUAAAUUCCCCACGACUCAACUCCUCAUACUGCCAUUGGACGUAACGAAUGAGGUGCAGAUCAAAUCUGCAUUCGAGAGGACCGUGAAGCAAUUUGGUAGGCUGGAUGUUGUGGUGAAUAAUGCCGGAUACGCUGUCUUUGGAGAAAUAGAGGGGAUUCCAGACGAGGAUGCACGUAAACAGUUCGAGGUUCAGUUCUGGGGGCCAGUACAUAUCAUGAAAGAGGCUGUUAAAGUAUUCCGAGAAGUGAAUCCCAAGGGAGAAGGUGGACGGAUAUUCAAUGUCAGCAGCGUAGGUGGUUAUAUGGCCAAUCCUACUCUCGCAUAUUACAGCUCCAGUAAAUUCGCGCUGGAAGCUUUCACCGAGUCCUUCCUGAAAGAGAUGGACCCCAAGUGGAAUAUAAAAGGCACUAUCAUCGAGCCUGGAGGUUUCGAUAGCGAAUGGAAGGGUACUUCGGCCUACCAUAUCCCGCCACAUCCUGCGUAUACGGACGACACAAAUCCGUGCCACAUGUUCCGCAAAAUCCAUGAAAGCGACCGUCCAGUUCUGGGGAGCGCUGCUCGUAUGGGACAAGCGUUGUACAAGUUGGCGGAUGAACCAGAGUUGCCGCUGCGAAUCCAGUUCGGAACUGAGUCUCUUUUCCUGGUCAAAACGCAGGCGCAGAAGACGAUAUCGGAGGGACAGAAGUGGGGUCAUGUAUCACGUUCGACGGACAGAGAGGACAUGAAUGGGGAAGAAUACGUGAAGGGCUUGAUUGCUUCUGGGAACUUCAAUAGGCUCAAGGAUUGAUGACGGCGUCCAGUGUAUUUGUACCCGCGAAGAACACGUUGGAGUUUGUAUUUGGCACUUGAU